AUGUUCGUUGUUGCCGUAGUGUUGCCGUAAACCAGCGUUAACUGCCGCAGCCUUAAAAACAACAGCAGAGGUCAUAGCAAACCUUUCAGUAUGGGAGGUGACCACCCCGACAAGUUCACCCUGCCAGACUGGCGACAAUGGAAGGUGGAGGGAACACCGAUGGAGUUCACGCAGAAGAGGCUGGCAGCCAGAGGACUCAAGGACCCAUGGGCACGCAAUGAGGUUUGGAGAUAUUCCUUCUUUCCUCAACCUCCGAAAAUGAUGGAUGUUGCGCGGAGAGGAUUCAAGUGGGGCUUCGGAGCUUUUGUUGUUGCUCUGGCUAUAGAGUACACCUUUUUCCCCCCGACGAACGAUGGCCACUGAUCAUCCCUCAAGCCCAUACCUAAUGGAGUCUAAUUAUAUUCUGUAUUUUCUGUUUAUUAAAUGUCUAUGUGAUCACCA